AUGCACCGGCGCUACCAGCUCGCCUGUGCGUCCGGCCUCGCGGCGGUCGUAUGCGUCGAGACGCGGAGACGGAGCGCGCUCAGCGACCCGCUGCCCGCUGAGUACUCCGCCGCCAGCGCGCUCGAGUGGCGGUACAGCUUCUCUCGCGAUGCCGUCGCCAGCGCCUGCCCUAGCGCCAACCUGACGCCGCUCGAGCUGGAUGACGAAUCGCGCGCGUGCGCCGCAGCGCGCGACCGCACCAUUGUGCACGCUCUCGCGUCUGGGCUGCUCCGCCUCGCCGGCUUUUCGCAGUACGACCGGCAAGCGCUCCUCGAUGCACCAGAGAUGCACCUGCUGAGCACGCCAAUGUGGCGGGCGCUGCUCGGCGAGGGAGCCUGUGGCGGCCGCGCCCUUGAUGUGGGCGCCGGGUGCGGCUCCAUCACCGAGCGCAUCGCGCCGCUCUUUGAGGCUAUUCAUGCGACGGAGGUGUCCGAGUGGCUGGCGUGGCGGCUGCGCGCCCGAGGCAUCCCGACCGCAGUGGCCCACGACCCUGCCGACGCGCACGCGCUGGCCAGCGCCGGGCUCCCCACCUGCGGCUACGACGCCGUCUUUGCGCUCAACGUGCUCGACCGAGUGCCGGACGUUGACGCCUUCCUCGCCGCGCUCUCCUCGCUCCUCGCACCUGGCGGCCGGCUCGUGGAGGCGGCUGGUGAGGCUUGCAUCGCCCUCGAGCGGAGCGGGCUGCGAGUGCUGAGGCUCGUGCGGGCCCCGUACCUCUCGCAGGGCCUGAGCCUGCUCGGGACCGCGAAUCGCCCAUUCGUGCUGGACGACGCUGUUUUCGUGUGUAAGAGGGCGGAGAGGGGAGAGCGAGAGGAUGGGUGA